AUGCUCUUGAUCGAGCUCCCUCCCGAGAUCAUCCACCAUAUCCUGGGGUAUGUCAACCCACCCGAUCUGGCCUGGUGUCCCCGCAUCUGCAAGACCCUCUACCAUGCCGUUACCGGGAAUAGCGCGCUCUUCAAGCUCGUCUACCUACACCAUUUCGACAAACCGCAGACAGGCGACGUCGACUGGGCGCAAUCUCUGAAGGAUUUAGUUCGGCUGCAGGUCAUAUGUCGUCGCGACAGCGUUGAGGCCAAGAAGAGCGAGCUCGACUUUGUCCACAGCACAGUCACCGCACUCCUCAAGAAUGCCACUACUCAGGGCGCUCGGCCGUUCGUAUCGGCGACUCACCCACGGUCCCGCAAUGCCGACCUUCUCAGCUCCAUCUUCAGCACCGAAACCAACCAGUCGGCAUUCCUAUGCCGGUCAAUAAUAUACGAACGUGCUCGUGCGGAAUUUCGGGCCGGUGUCCACUCCCACGCGCCCCCGGGGCCCGCGCACCAGAAGAGUGCACAACUUCACUGUCUCUAUGGCGUGCCUAUGUUAUAUGCCUACCCGGGCGUGGGACGCGUGACGCGAAGCAGCAGGAUGAGCCCCUUCGCCUGCUCCAAGGUCUACGACCUGAGACAAUAUACCCGGAGGACAAAGUGGGGCCCUUUCAUGGACGACGACACGGACCGGGUGGACUGGGAGAAGGUGGAAGCCAUCAUGAUCGUUCUAGGUAACAACCUCCGAAAGCUGGGCCUCGACCAUUAUCCUAUCUGUAGGCUCUUUUGUCAAGUUCCAUUUGCUGGUACUUGGCCAGGAAGCUACAAGGCCUUGCCUAUUGAUACCGUGGCCGAGCCCGAGGAGUUGAAGCUCCUGGACCCAUAUGGUAUCACGGGGACCUGGCUGCGUGUCGUCUGCUUCCUCGACUACACCGACUUCUUCGCCUACAACUUUGCUCCGGAGGACCAGCCGCCGCCACACAUCGCUCGACCGGCCAUUGACGUCGGCGAGGCCACGCGGCUCAUUCUGAUGAGAGUCGUUGUGACCAAGAUCGAGCCGCCUGGGCCCGAGGAUGGGCAGGAGCUGCCGGUGGUGUACUUCAAGGGCGUCUCGCGCUCGCUGGACGACAGCUACGACGAGAAUGCCAACUCCGAUCUGCGAGGUACGAUACAAGUCCGAGGCUGCGUGCGUCUGACGCGCGAGGGCGAGGUCCGAUGGACCACCUUCUCGGUGUUUGCUGGCAUGGAAAGGUGGCGAAGUGAGAGCAUUCAGUUGGGUGGUGUCAAGAGUGCCAAAGGUGUCCUGGGAAACUGGUUCGAUAAGGAUUUUGAUCCUCGUGGACCGGCCGGCCCCACAGCUUUCUGGAAGAUCUCAGACGGAUCUACCACGGGCGGCACUUCAUUCUUGCGUGAAUAUAUGCCCAUGGCGGAGUUGCUCGACGAGGCAGACGGAGACUUUGAGCCUAGUAGUGAGAAUGAGGAGAACGAGAAUGAGGAUUCUGAGAGUGAUUGGUUUGACUGGCUUCAGGGCGAACUCAAUGGUUAA